GUUAUUUUCCAAAACGCCAAAUGGAUUACGACGAAAUAUUUUUCAGUGACUGGCUUGAGGUAGCAGAAGAUAUACAGCACAAAAUCACAAACGCCACAAACGCCACACAUGGCAUCCACCCCACAAAUAGACCAAGACCAGGUCGACCGACACCGCCACCCCCGGAUAGCGUGGCGGAAGCGUUCAGUACCUUUUCUACGGUCAUGUACGCCAUUUUCUGCCCGAUCAUCAUCGUCUCCAACAUCCUCAUCUUCUGGGGGAUCGUCCUCUACCCUGGCUUCUACAACAGCAACAACAUUUUCCUGCUCAGCUUGGCCGUGUUUGACUUCCUGGUCGGGCUGAUCGCCACGCCCAUGACGCUCCUGUCUAAAUUAAGUGACGUCAAUGAAUACAUGACGUCCACGAAACAACUGUGUUUACUGAAACUGGCUUCGAUGAGUUUUUCCGUCGGCGGGUCUCUCUACUCUCUGCUGAUCAUCUCUAUAGAUCGAUACCUCGCCAUCAUGUUUCCGUUGAAAUACAAAAAGUGGGUCACUGCUGAGAGAGCGUAUAAAGUUGUCUUCUUCAUAUGGUUUUAUAUCUUCUUUAGAGCAGCCAUACCAUCAAUGGGACUGAACAAAUAUGACCAUAAGAAACCGGUACGGACACGUUGUUCGCUAAAAGAGGUUUACAACUCCAUCUAUUACGAUUAUGUUAUUACUUGGGCAGGUCGAAUUCUAUUUGGUAUUUCUAUAUUUAUAAACAUCCACAUUGCUUUGAUCGUCCGGAAACAGAUUAAGUCGUUUAAAAGCGAACGAUCAGUCUGGACCUCGGAACAAAUUAAAAGUUUCGAUGCACGGAUCAGUUCAGUGAAAAUCACAUUGAUUCUCACGGCCUUGUUUUUAUUUCUGUGGGCCCCCGUGUAUGUGUAUGUACCAAUGAAAAGCUACGAUAUGUUUAGUCCAAGAGUGGAUAAAAUAUUUCGUACUUUAAUGGGGCUUUGCUUAACAGCGAACUCGGUGGUCAAUGCCCCGAUCUACGCUGCGAUCCGGAAUGAAUACCGCGACGUUUACAAGACAAUGCUAGUUACCUGCCCGUGGAAAUGGCGAACAGAGUUACGUCGGCUGCAUCGACAGAGAAACACAAGCUUCGCGUCGUCGUAUAAAAGCGAUAUGAGCACAGCUAAAUCUGUCGAGUCUGGUCCAGAGGAGAAGGUCUUGGAUAUAAUUCAGGAAGAAUUUGAGGAGUCUGUGGUAUCAGCGGCACCCUGGGACUCAUCCGUCGAUCCGGUUCAGGAUUCUGUUUCAGUCAAGAAGGAUUCUCAAGUUUCAAACGUUCACUCGGAGUCCGUGGUCGAGCCGGGGCGGAAAUCGCUGGGACAACAAUCAAAGGCUUGGUCAGACAGUGGUUCCAAGAAUACGGAAGUUUCCACGGUGCUUGAGACGUUAGACCCUAAUUAG